AUGGGUGACAUUUUCCUGCCUCAGAUUAGUGCGGAAUUCGGUUACACGAUCCCGUUUAUUCUAUUCCAGGUAUCCGAGUUUGCUAGAUUGCACGAUGUUCCGUGUGUGGCAGAUGGCGGCAUUCAGAAUGUCGGACACAUUGUGAAAGCUUUAAGCCUGGGUGCCUCCACCGUAAUGAUGGGUGGACUACUGGCCGGUACAUCAGAAGCACCGGGUGAAUAUUUCUUUUCCGACGGAGUGCGACUGAAAAAGUACCGCGGUAUGGGCAGUCUGGAUGCCAUGCAGAAACACAAAUCCAGUCAGGCACGCUACUUCAGCGAGGCACAUCACAUCAAAGUCGCUCAAGGGGUUUCCGGUAGCAUUGUGGAUCGUGGUUCGGUGCAUCAGCUGGUCCCGUAUUUGGUGGCCGGUGUCCAGCACGGAUUGCAACAGUUGGGUGCCGAAAGUGUGGUUCGGCUUCACGAGAUGUCCCGAUCGGGUCAACUAAGAUUCGAGCAUCGAAGUCCUUCAGCUCAACUUGAGGGCGGAGUGCACAGUCUUCACUCGUGA